CGCGUCUGCAGGUUCCGCACGGACAGACUUUCAGGAUGAGGCUGGCCUCCAGACUGACCCACGUACAGGCCCUGUCCUUUACGCAGGGCAGGAGCACUGGAGGCCGGCGUGGCCUCGGGGUAGGCUCCCCCGGCCCCGGGUGAACAUCCCAAGCGGAAUCCGGUGUGGGCGAGCGAGGGCGGCCUGCAGCUGCGCUGCCGCCCCUGCGCCGCGAGGAGAAGGCGGCCGGCGGCCGGCGCCUCCGUCUUGCCGGCGCGCUGCUCGCGGGCUGAGGCCGUGCGCUCCGAGGUGGGUGCGGAUCCCCGGCCGCGGGCCACUCAGGUGAGGGGAACGGACCCGCGUCCUUCCCAGUCGGACUUCUGGGGUCGGGGGAGGGGUGUUUGUACAUCAAGGACAUCCUCUGCGAGCCCCUCGAUCGGCGGCUUCCGGUAGGGGAGAGGCGGGAAAGGGCGCGCGUCGCCGGGGCGCCCCCUGGAGGGCGCUCCUCGCCAAGGCGCGGGCGGCUCUGUGCUCGGCUGGGCCGCGGCCGCGGGGCCCGGGUGCAGGCGCCGGGCUCCCGGCGUCCCCUCGGGCUGACCGUCCCUUGUAACAAACGCACGCGAGUGAGCAAGGGCUUUCCAGAAUGUAACUGUGUCCGGAGGAGAGGGGUGUGGGAGACCCCAAGCCUACAGGCAGCCGCCGGCGGCCGCGCGUGCUGGUGGUGCCGCAGAGGCGGACACUCCUGCGGGGCUUCACGCGUGGGCCCCAAGCUGACUCCAGGUCGGUCAGAAUUGGAGCGCGUUGCGGGACACCCAGCUGAUGUUUUGGCGGGAAUUCCGUGAACAGAGACACCGAGACCUUCAACAGGAAGUAGUCUUUUUAAAAACUAUUGUUGUUAUUAUUACUAAUCUUUAUACCGGCAUAAAACUCAGUCGAAUUUAUAUCCAGAAGCCUCAGCGCGGAACAGAGACGGGUAUCUCCUUAUGUUGCUUUUUGAUGAAGACACAUCUCUUAGAGUUGAGUCCAGUUUCCACGAGUGCAUAAGAACAGUAUAUGAAGGCCUGCCUUCUCCUGAGAUUCCACUUAGGUUCAAACUCUGCAAGGAUCCACAAAAACAAGUGAAUAAGAAUACGAUGAUGCCUGUUCCUAGUGAGGGCACAGUCUCACAGCAACCUCCAGGUGAAGCAGGACAAAUUCCAGCUUUGUUACAGAGCAGUUGUCCACCACUUGCCGUGCUGUUUCCUCAGGCUGUGUUUCCACUGAACCACGGAAACACUGGAGGACCUGUGGCUGAAAGUCCUGAAGUUCUGCUGUACCCGGAAAAGGACCUGAGUGAAGACACAGAUUCCCCUGAAGUUAGCCUUUUUUCAGGCGCUGCUGUUACAGUACCUGACACAGUUGCUGUGAAGAAGUCAUCAGCGGAGCCAGAGACGGUCUUAGCCGCAUCAGAUCCGCUUCCUGAGUGUGGUUCAAAGGAAGUCUCACUGGGUGUGACUCGUGAAGAGAACUCUGAUGCAGGAAGUUCUCUCGAAACUUUUGUGUCUGCCUUGGAGAGUAAGUUGCUGACAUCACCAGGAAGUGGCUGGGAGGAACGACUGUUGGAACUGUCGGAAAUAAAGAAGGAUGCUGACCCUGGAGACUUGCUGAGUCCACUGAGAGACUCCCUGAGUUCCGUCCCCCUGCCUCUGACUGCCUGGAUGGCAUGCAGCGGAGAUUUACCGCAAGGCACAGGAGGUGCGGCCUUGCCAGCUGAGUUGUUGGCAACCCUGAAUGCGUCGUCAGAAGCCAGAGUGGGGCCCAUCUGUCAUGGAGAAGAGGAAGGUGGCAGUCUCAGUGCUAGAAACCAAUCUUUGGAAGUGGAGCUCGACGAAGACUGCACACAAAUAGCAGGGGUGGAUUUGGAGUCUCUUUGUUACACACCACGUGAACACGGUUUCAGGCUAACUGAGCAGCGGGACAAGCAUCUGACAGCAGAGAAAACUCUGGAAGACCCAAAUUCAUGUGGAUUGCAGACUUCUCACCAAAAUGUCACCUCUUGUGAGCCACUAAGCAGUAAGGAAAAUUCAAAUCCAGUGGAAAAUGGCUGUGACCAGGACGCUCCACAUGUGUUAAGGAGAUCAUCCAGACUGGAAAAGCUGAAAGUCAUCAGGGAAGCAAAGCCCUCAGCUGACACGUGUAAGAUGCCAGAAAACAUUUUACCAAAAGUACGUAGUGGUGAAGAUGGAAUAAAUCAAUGUUCAACUAAGAAUUUCAGAAUGCAGGAUCUUGCUUUAAUAAGAGGUAAACGGAGGGAUACUCAUUUAUCCAGAUUCCAGACUGGAUGGGUCAGGAAGAAUGAACGAUUUGGAGAAAGAAAAGGAACAAGGAGAGAGUAUAACAUAUCUCUUUCUAGCAUUAACCGGAGAAACAUUUUUGGAGAGAAUUUACUGUAUCAGGCUGCUCUGCACAAUGAUGUGGAUCUUGUUCACUGUUUUAUAAAAAAAGGUGCAAAUGUUAAUCAGCCCAGUUAUGCUGGUUGGACAGCACUCCAUGAAGCUAGUUUGGGAGGGUAUUACCAGGUAGCCAGAGAACUGUUAAAAGGUGGAGCAGAUGUCAACAUCAAAGGACUGUGCCAGAUCACUCCCCUACACGACGCUGUGAUAAAUGGGCAUCACAAGGUGGCAGAACUGCUGCUGUUGAACGGAGCCAACCCGUUACAUAGGAAUGACAGCGGGAAGUGUGCGUUGGAUGAGGCCAGGGAUAUAAAUAUGCAUCGACUCCUUCAGAGAUAUGUUCCUAAACUUAAGAAAUGCCUUAGGUCAGCUCAGAGGAGCGGCGUUUUCUCAUCAGCUGUAGAGAAUGUACAGCAGUGCCAGGAGCCAAAAUUCAAUUCUGAAAGUCACAGUUGUUUGGUUUGUAUUGAAAAUUCCAACAAACAGAAACCAGAAUGUCUAAAAUUUGAUAAAGGAAGCAAAGAGGGCUUAUUUAUGAAUGAAGACGAUAUGUGUGAACAUUACCACAAAGAUUCCACAGACACAAUAUUUGGUAAAGCCAAGCAUGAACAAUCAACUCUUAACCAAAUACACUCUACAGGACUCAGAAGUAACAGUCUUCAUAAUGGCAAAGAUUCUAGCACAGAAGUAUCUAAAGGCAAAGGAAUAAAAAGCAGUCAACACAAAAUGACUCAAGUAGAUGAUGGGGAUUUCGGUCCAAGAAAGGCCCUUGCUGUGUCUUGUUCCAAGAGAGUGAAAAGAUUGAAUACACCCCAGCAACAUGGGCUGCACAACUCUGACCCUGAUGGCCCUGAUGGCCUUCCAGGAGAGCCACAAGAACCUUCCAGUCCAGCUCAGUCAGGUCUGAAAGAUGGAGCAGGUGACAAUAUGGAGGCUGGCUCAUUUUCCAAAGAGACAUAUAUCCAGAACCUGGAUUUAUCAAAGAGUCAAGAAUCACAGUUCUUGGAAUUAAAAUCCAGUGACCAAACUAAAGGUGUUUCAUUCUCAGGAAUUGCAUUAAAUAAAGAAACAGAGUUACCACUUGUUACUACAGAUUCACAGCCGCCUACUGGCCAAGAACAACUCAGAAGCCCUUCCAAAUUUCAUGAAAACAGUAACUCAAGUCAAAAAGAUGAGAGCCUUAAUAAGUGGGAAAGUUCCUUCUUAUCCUUUGUAAAGAGAACUCUUGAUGAUGGUGGUGGUGAUGAUGGUGGUGGUGUUUAUACCUCUGAGAAGGCUGUAACGGCUAAAAUGGUGAUAUGUUCUACAGAUUACAAUAAUCAGUAUAAGGAGACUAGAACCAAUAGAGAAGAGAUGGAUUUUCAACCGUUUUUACCUUCUGCAGACCAUUUUCCACAGGGAAAUGAAUUAAAUGCAGACAGUCUAACCACACUUCCACAACAGGAAGCUGUUAUUUUUUGUGAUUCAGAUAAGAUGGUCAUUUCUGAACAACAUGUUGCAAAUUAUGGAUCUUCUUUUGAUCACUCACAUGGCAAUUCUGAGCAAAUAUCCCUGACUUGUGUGAGAACAGAGGAAGCUUCACAGUUGACUAUUCCUGUGGAGCCAUCCAGAGAGCCUCAGAACUGUAGCCCAAGGGCACCAGACCCUUUAAUGUGUCAAACAGUUACAUGUGUUGUGGAAAACAAACACGAUGCCGAAAGAAACUGCACUGAGGGUGGCCAGAAUGCGAAUUCUUCAAGUGGGCCUUUAUCAGCAGUCAUUUCUUCUCAAAUGAUACAAGCAACUGAAGUUGAAAAAAUGGGAUCAGGACUUCUAGAAAGUGAGACCAUACAUAGUACAGAUUUUCAUUCAAAUGACAGUGUGAAUAAAGAAUUGAACUGUGUCCAACAACUUAGCCAAAGAGAAGAAAAGGAAAGUUUUCACAAGCCAGGUAGGGAAUUAACUAAUAUCAGUGGAGACGAAGGUGCUGUAAGGAACUCUGAGAAGAAAAGAGAAAAAGCCAGUUCAGAAAUGCACAUGCCUACUGAUUGCCAAGAGCACAACAAAGUUUGGAAUUUCAGAAAAACACCAAGAUUUUUGAAUUCUACCUCCAACCAAGCAUUUGGCAGAAAAGACGCCUCAGUUUUGCUCGGCAAAUCUACAGAAAAGAAAACAGCUGGGAUCAAUAAGCGGAAUGCCAGAGGGGAGAGUCGGCUCCAUUUGGCUGCCAGAAGAGGAAAUUUGUCUCUGGUAAAAACUCUGAUAGACUCUGGAGCAAAUGUGAACCUAAAAGAUCAUGCAGGUUGGACACCACUUCAUGAGGCAUCUCAAAAAGGCUGCAGUGAUGUAAUUGUAGAGUUACUAAAUGCUGGUGCUAAUGUCAAUUCUGGAAAUCUGGAUGGAAUUCUGCCCUUACAUGAUGCUGUGACAAACAGUCACUUACAGGCUGCUGAAAUUCUACUACAACAUGGAGCAGACCCUAAUCAGAAACAUCAGAAUCAGAAGACUGCUUUAGAUGAAGCAGAUGAUGAACGAAUGAGAGAGCUGCUGAGAUCUUACGGUGCUGUUGAGACUGAGAGUACAGAUGGCAGUAAUGCUGUAGUUACAGUAAAAUCUCCUGCUGUUCGGUCAAAAAGACAAAAAAGGUGUUUUUGUGAUGGCAGCCCUGUUGAUCCACCUUCCCACUCCUGCCAAGAAAAAACAAGGGAGAGUCUUCCUAUGCAUCAGACCAUCAGUGCCAUUCUACAGGACAUAGAGGAAAAACAGGAAAUGCUAUUGGAGUUUGAAAUCAGAAACCACGAAGAUGCAGAACAGUACAUUGAAAAGAUGCUGCAGAUCAAAGAGGUUGUGGAUAAUGUGCUUGCCAAACAGAAGGCAGAAAGAGAUGAUCUGGCGAAAAAGUACAGGGUGUCCAUAGACUCAUUUAAACAGGGAGCUCUGAGAGAACAGCUGACCAAUUUGGCCACAAGACAGAAGGACCUUUUAGUUGUGGCAAAAAAACAGAAAAAAAUAAGCCUAAAAAUUCAGAGCUAUAAGAAUGAUACUUCGUUGUCUGGUCUUGGUUUAAGGAAACCAGCAUCGACCUCAGAGAUCUCCAGUGAGAGGGACAACCAGGCGCUCACCAGCCUUGAAAACUCGCUGCAGCCUCAGUCAGAUGCUCCUGACACUCUCGAAACUGGUGUUGACAGCCAGAAUACCAGAUUUUGUGCAAAUUCAGAGGCAGUGAGAAGAGAAGAAAUUUUUGCCAAUGAGGUAAAUGCUGAACAGAGUGUCAGUGAUGGCACCUUGGAUAUAUUGUCAGAGUCCAGACAUUCAGAUGGCCCUGAGAAGCCUGGGUCACCAUCCCAGCCUGUUGCUGCGGUUGCACCACUGGAAUCUUCACAAAAAGAAAAUGAUCUUCCAGAAACUGCAGCCAGCGGGUGUGAGUUCUACAGUGCUCCUGCAGAAGUGGGCACAUCACGGAUUCCAGAGGCUACCGGCGGACCUGCCCAAAAUGAUGCCUACCCAUCCACUGUUAGGUGGGCUGAAGACCUUUCCACUCGGGAGUCACAACAGGGAAACAAGACAACCACUUUCCAGCAGCCGCCGCGGGCGACAUCCAAAUCCCUGGCACAUCCAGGGGCUGUGGCCUCAGGCGGUGAUGUGCAGCUGGCGGGCCCGUCUCUUAAGCCAGCAGCUGCAGCUCCACACACAAAUGCCUGCCAUAUUCCCUCUGGGGCGGGUCAGCAGCAUCUCAUUAAAAAGCCUGUAAACCACAGCCCAGCUCCCAAAAAGAAGUGUAUGCAGAUAAAAGAUUUGAUGUCACUAGGCAGGAUUCGUCCAGGAGUUAACAUUCUGGAAUUCAAAACACAGGAUUCUACUCACAAAGCCAGCAUUUUAUUGAGCGGUAAAAUUGAAGUAGAAAAUGGUCAGAUUUAUCAAAACCCUGUUAGCUGGAUCAAAGAUCUGCUGGGUGGCGGCAGUUAUGUGACCUGGAAUUACGCUUGGAGCAAGGUAACGUAUCUGGGAAAGCAGCUUCUGAAGUAUGUUUCUGAAGAAGUACCUUCACCUCCAAGGCCACCUCAGACUCACCCGCCAGGAACUUCCAGAGAGUCAACAGAAAGUGUCCCCUGUUAUCUACAAAUAAAUGAAAUAUUGCUGAUCAGUGAUCAAGAAUUUCUCCCAUGCCAUAUAAUGGAUCAGCACUGGAAGUUCUAUGCGGAAUGUGAAGAACUAACAUUUUAAAGCCUUGUUUUCUUAGCCAUUUAUUGUGUGUUCACAUUAUUAACCAACAUUCGUAUUUUAUCGUAUGUUGCCUGGUGGGCGUAUUUUAACAUAAAUAACUAUGGUAAGAUGUGUGUUUACUGGUAUAAGGAAAAGUAUUAACUCUUCAUCUAUUGCAGAAAGUACAAUGCUUUUUCCUUGUUUAAAUAAAGCCAUUUUCAUACUAGCUCAUAUUAACUUUCUGGGUUUCUUUUACUCACAAACUUAAAGCUGACCUUUCAGUCAAUACCUUUAUUUAAAGUACAGUCAUCCUUGUGGGCAGCAAGGAUAGCUACAGGCCGCUGUGUGGGCCUAGAAAGAGCCGGGGAAACUCACCUAAAACAAGAAACCUGAAUUCCUGCUACCUUCUCUACUUGCUUCAAAAUUUAUCUUGAAAUAAAAAUGAGAUUUUCUGAGUUUCAGAAAUUUCAUGUCCAUAGGAUUGCAGCUAAGUAUUAGCAGAAAGAAUGGGUCCAGCAAGGAUGUAGAAGUUAUUUUAAG